GGCAUAACAUCCUAGCCCAUAAAAGGGAAGACGGAAUCGAAGGCGGGCUUGAUAAGGUCUAGUAUUUGUCGUCGAAGAAACGAGAUCGGAUGCAAAUGGUGGGAAACAGCGAAAAGCGGGUCAAACGGCGGGUCGUGUCGUCAGGAAACAAGAACAUGACGGAUGGGAAACACAGGGGAUGGGUGCCAUCCAAGGCAAUCCUUUUUGCCGUGACCGCUCUUAGCGCCGCCAUCCUGGUCCAGGGUUCGCAACAGCUUGGCACGCGGGAUCCCGAUAACUCUUUGGGUCUUCUGGGUCAGCUCCUUCAAGAUCCACAAAACUUCAAGGGUCAACCUACCUCGUCAGGUAGCCUCGACAGUGCUGCAUCAUCGCUCGUUUCCAAAGCGGCAGGCCUGGCCGGUUCUUAUUCGCCCACUGCGUCCACUACCGCGAGUGGCAUCGGCGCCAAAGUAGCUGUCACCUCGUCUCCUACCCCUACUUCGUCUUCGUCGUCUUCUGCAGCCUCAAACAAAGCGUCGUCUGUUGCAAAGGCUUCUUCGUCGUCGAGCGGUACCUCUGCGGCCGCGAAUAGGGUAAAUGCAGCACCAACCAGCUGGACUUGGGUCGCUGGUGCCUUUGGCUGCCCGGAAGGUGUAAGCGCUUACGGGACCGCUUUCCUCUGCUCGGACCAAGAGACGGCAAUUGCUCCCAGCGCAACGUCUUCAGCAGCAGCCAAGAGCGCCAAGAAUGCCGUGCGCAUCGCUCGCGAAGAUCACGUCUUCGCUGAUAUGGGUUCGCGAAACUUCUUGCAAGCUCGACAGACGCCCGACUCGGGAAACGGCGGCCCUCCAACAGACGUCAACAACCUCGACAGCCCCGAUCUUGGCUGGCUUGACACCGUUGUUGGUGGUGUUCCAUACAAGAAUGGCGAUCUGGCCGCCAGCAUUGUAUGGAUCCUUGCGGUGCUGUUCCUGAUCCCUCUCUUCUUGAUUCGAUUGCUUCGUCGCUCGAGCCUCAUCGCACACGUCCUUUUCACCAUCUUCAUCUGGGGUUGUGCUAUGGUCGCUGCCAUGGGCAUUCGCGCCUACUUGUCCAACAAUACGCCUACCACGACGCUGAUGAUUGUCGAGAACAUCCUGCUCCAAAUUCUGCCUCCUCUGCUCCUCGAACCGCUCCUCAACCUGCUGGCCAUGUAUGCCCGCCAAGGCAACGCUCGUUCAGGCGUGCCGACGGUGUGCCUCUUGCUUCGCUUCUUCAACCUGGUCGCCCUCAUCCUUUUCGCCGUCACGGCAGCCUACACUGGCGUAUACCUUCAUCAAUGGGACGAGACGCUCAUGGAUGCAAAUGCAGUUGGCGCAAUGUCCGACUUCCCUGAUCGCACUCCGCUCGGUAUCGUCCGCAUCGGUCCCAUUGUUGGCGCGUUUCUCAUGAUCAUCUCAAUUGCUGGCGGCCUGCUCCUAAUUCCUGUCGCCAGGGGCGAGAACGGAAGCAUGCGGCCUGGCAGCUUCCUUGGCGUCCUCUUCGUCUUUUUGGCUAUAACAGUCAUCUAUCGCAUCCUCCAGACGCUCCACGCCCAGGGCGAAAUCAAUGAAGAAAAUGGCAACGACAGCAGCAAUCCAUUCCAGUUCGCGACGCAAGAGAACGCCGACGCAGCCAAGCGAAUCCUUGGAGAGCUGGGCCGCCGAGCUGCGGCCAUGCCCCUGCCCAGUGCAUUCCAGUCCCAGCAAGAUUCGCGCCUACGCUUGGCUAGGGCCAGCAUGGUGGCGCCGCCGGGCAUGUACAACCCAGACGUCGACGGAAUCGACUGGGCCCAGCUUCAGCAGACGCUCUCCAGCAGAGGCACCCCGCAGACGCCUGUCAUCUUCAACCUCGUCUACAUCUUGCCCAUGUGGCUCGAGACAUUCUUGCUCUUCUUUGUCCAUGCUCCUGGAAGGCAAGAGGGACAGAAGCUGCAGCCGGCCGCCAUUCAACCGGUGGCCUGAGUACAUCACUGUCCUUCUCUUCUCUAUGCCCCUCCUCUGCUCAUCCUCCCGCUUCUCCUCCUGCGUCUUCCCUCCCUUUACCUCCCCUCUUCUCCUCCUCUUUCCCCUCCCCUUUCUUCCCUCCCAC